GGUGUUGGCGCUAAACAGCACGUGCGUGUCUGUCUGUAAGGUAAGAGAAGAAGAUGUGUGAUGGAGAAAUGUAUCCAGUAUGUAUGGGAAAAAGAUGUUUAGCAGGGGUCUGCUGGUAGGAGGAAUGUAUCCAGUGUGUAUUUUUGUAUCAACCCUUUUUAAUUGAAACAGCCGGCUCUGCACCUGGGUUUGGUUUUGAUUGGCUGCAGGAUUGAACAGUAUAUUGAAUUUCUGGGAUUUACCUGCAGAGACCAAAUACUGGAAAAUGGAGUCCAGAACGAGCUCAACUCCCCAACCAACAUCCAGUCGUGCAUCUCGCAGACAUAUGCAGGAAAACAGAUGCCGGGAAGCUCAUCUCUGCCCGGAGUGUGGGAGGAGCUUCAGUUACCAGAGUUACCUCCAGCGACACCAGCUCAUCCACACUGGAGAGAAGCCCUACCAGUGCUCGGAGUGCGGGAAGAGCUUUAGAGAUGGAGGUACCCUCAAAACGCACCAGCGCAUUCACACAGGAGAGAAACCGUAUCACUGCUCCGAGUGCGGGAAGAGCUUCAACCACCGCAGUAAUCUGUAUCUGCACCAGCGCAUUCACACCGAGAAGAAGCUGUACGACUGCCCUGAGUGCGGCAAGAGCUUUAAACGCCAGAACACCCUCAGACGACACCAGCUCAUCCACACCGGAGAGAAACCGUACAACUGCUCAGACUGUGGGAAGAGCUUUAACCAGCAGAGUACGCUCCAGCAACACCAGCGCAUUCACACUGGAGAAAAACCCUAUUUCUGCUCAGACUGUGGGAAGAGUUUUAGACACUACACUUCUCAUCUCCAGCACCAGCGCAUUCACACCGGAGAGAAACCGUUUUGCUGCUUAGAGUGUGGAAAGUGUUUUUACCAACAGAGCAACCUCCAGCAGCACCAGCGUGUUCACACUGGAGAGAAACCGUAUCACUGCUCAGACUGUGGGAAGACUUUCAAUCAACAAAGCACUCUCCGACAACACCAGGCCAUUCACACUGGAGACACCUUAAAUCCCUGUUCAGAAUGUGGGUUGAGUUUUACUACAGAGGAUCAUCUUCAGGAGCAUCAGUGCGUUCACAGAGAUGAUGAGCUGUAGUAUUGCUGACCUGACUGUCAGCUGAGCUUUGGGCGAAUGAAUGUACUCUUUCAAGAUGCUGUAAAUUGGAGAUGAAAACGGAUGAGAGAAACUGCCUACUACAUCUCCGCCUGCACUGGAGCGGUAUGGGAGCAUAUAAUAACAUCCACCCACUACUGGAUCUUGGAGAGCAAGUUAUACAGCAUGAAUAAAUGAACUUUAAAAAAGAACAUCUUCAACUUUAUAGUAUAUUUACUAGUAUAUUUAAAUUAUAUGUAUUCUUUUAUUGCUAACCCAACUCUGUAAGGACUGCCACUAGACUCUGAUCAUGUGAUCAUUAAAAAAUACAUUUGCUGAAAUCA